UGAGCCCGCCGGGGAAGAUCGGUCGGUUGAGGUGAUCCGGGGUCGGUGACCACGGCGGGCUUUGUGGAGCGCUCCUGGCAUUGUGGGUGUCAGUGUAGAGUGACGCCAUAUUUGCCGGUGCCGCCGCUGUAAACAACAAAAAGUGUCUGAGGGAGACAGACAAGAGACGCUUCAGUGGAUUUCAGGACAUUUUAUUUGUUGUUGUGGGUGAAUUGCUCUCCUCUCGGCAGUCAUGUCUCUGGGAAUGGCUUACAAGCCCAACCUGAACGCGCAGCAGCAGCUCGCCGGCAACCACGGCGCCCCGGCUGUAAGUGCACAUUCUCCCUCUACUAGCAUAGCAUCAUCUGCACAAUACAGACAGUUGGUGAAUGACUUUGGACCCCCAUCCUUGGGAUAUACUCAGAGUACAACCAGCAAUCAGGUGCCCCAAAGCAAGUAUGCAGAACUUCUUGUCAUCAUAGAAGAGCUGGGUAAAGAAAUUAGACCAACCUAUGCAGGCAGUAAAAGUGCAAUGGAGAGACUAAAAAGAGGAAUUAUCCACGCAAGGGGCUUGGUACGAGAAUGUUUGGCUGAGACGGAACGAAAUGCCCGAUCCUAGCUGUGCCCAAUGCCAUAUGUCUAAAGCAUACAAAGAUAUUUCUUUCUGGAUUUCUAAACCUUCAGGGCAGUCUUUCUGAUUAUUUAGCUAGAGGGAUCUGUAUCAUUUUUUCGGGAUGCCUCUAAUGUACUGUAAAGCUGCUAAUCCUACGAUGCAAUUUUUACUAGUAAACAGAAUUUCCACAUAUAUAUUUAAAAGUAUUGCUGACUCUUUCAGAUUCUUUUUCUAAGAGUCCAAGGAAAUUCGGGGGGAUGUUUUGCAUCAUAAGCUGCAAUAUAUUUUCCUUUAUCUUCCUGGAAUGUUUAUAUCCGGGUUACACCAGUGUUUACGUGUUACAAUUAGAUGCUUCAUAAUUUGUGCUGCUUUUUUUUAAAGAACAAAGCAUGUUUUUCUUUGCAAUUAUGUUCUGUCUGUUAAAGGACCAAUAAACCUAAUUUGCAUG